GGAUCCUGAAGGUUGUGACUUCAUAGAAGCAGUAAAAUGGACAGAAACUGGAAAUCAGAGUCUUUAUUCCUCACCAAAUAUAUGGACAUCCAGAAAUGCUUGGCAUAAUGACAAAAACAUGCCAGAACAUACCCCAAAUAAACUACCUAAAAUGGAAGUUACAAGUACUGUUAGUACAUCUUUGGAUGAAAUUACUGCUACUGGCUAUGUUCUUGACUCAAAUGUGGAGAAUUAUUCUGUAGACCUAGAGAGUUAUUGUCAACCUUCACAAUAUCCUGAUUCGGGGAUUGAAAGCAGCAGCUUGGCAAGUGGUCAGAAUGUUAAUUCAGUCUUGGCUUGUCAAACUCCUGUCACUUCUUAUUAUGCAGUCAGGAAUACACCCACUUUUGAUAGCCAGUGUCACGGAAGUUCAGUCUGUAUGUUACUAUCUGACAACAAAUCAACAUGCACCAGCUUGAUUUCCCGGACAGACUGCCGCAGUGAAAGGCAAACCAAUGAUUCAGCUUAUUUGUUACCUAAGGAACUCUGUUCAACUUCUCAGUGUAGCCAGCAACUUGCAUUGUCUUCUGUCCAUUCUUCCUGGCAUGCACAACACGGCACCAAAGGAUAUAAUCAGGGAACACAGCCUGACCCUUCAUUUGACCAAGGAUACAGCAGUCAUAGCACUGGGAGCAGUAACCAGGGGCAGGACAGUCAAAGGGAGGGGUCAGUCAUGGAAGAGGGGUCACAGCUGGACCUUUGUAUAGAAGAAAAAGGAUGGUCAGCAGGCAGUAAGUCUGGAGAUGAUAACUAUUUGCAUGGGGAAAAUGAGUUAGAAGACCUGCUUUAUCACUUUCAAAAUUUCUUCCAGAAUCGUUUUGAGAGUGAAUUCCAUCGUUACCAGGAAGCAGUAUAUGGUAUAAUACAAGAACAACAGAACCAUGUGAGGCAGAUUGUCCAUACAGCAAUCAGAGAGCAAAGCUCCUCACAGAAAAGUUACACAGAAGAGCUUCUGUCAGAAGAUACAGAGAAAACAACCACCAUACCAAAUUCUACCAGUAAAAUAGGAAUGCAUUUUACUUCGAUAUUAGAUACAGACUAUUACAUACCAGUCGGUAUUUCUGCAACCCCUACACCAAACAGUUCUGCAGUUGUGAAAGACGAGGUUGCGAAAAGAAGGCUCCUAGAUCUAUAUUCAUUGUCCUGUUCCGUCAGCACACUAUUAGCAAAAACACAAUUCAAAUCUUAGCAUACACGACAGUACAGAUAGUUAUGUUAUCAAGAACUAUACAAUUAUACUGUGUGAUAUUUUAAUUCACAUGGAUAAUGCAGAAUGUAUUUAUUUAUCAAUUACAACACUUU